AUGGCUCUAGAAACACCAUCAUUGGAGUUAACCAACCACCUCAAAGAGCUCUAUCACGCCUAUCGGCAUACCAAAGAUAUAGACCAAAAAGGCAACUUCUUUUCUUCUGUCUGCCACCAGGUGUGCCGGCCACAGCCAUCAUUUGCAGCGCGCAAUAGAGAGACUAUUGUGCGGUAUCUUCACGAAACUGCAGACAAGGGCACUAACACUUCGUCAUCAAAUACCGACGCAACAAACAACCAGUCGAAAAAGGGCUAUUACACCAUUCGGCCUAUGCGAGAAGAUGAGUUUGAGUUUGGGACCGAUGAACAAGUUGCACCCGCUGGGUUUGCGACAGCAAACGAGCUCAAGCAAAAGGCAGAAGCUGAGGGAUGGGUGGGUAUGAGAGUCGAUUUGUGGGAUGUUGAGGUAGGAAAAGAAAUCGCUGAACAGCGACUAAUUAAAGUACAUUAUUGGUGGAGAAAAGAGGAAGAUGGCUGGAUACAGAUCUGGCAUGAUAUUUUAUCUAUAGGACCCAGGGACGGGACCGAGGGUAGCGAGGGAGACGUGCUUGAGUGA